CAGUUAGCUGGGAGUAGAGCAGGGAGCCGGUUUGGUUUGAAGUGUGUUGUUGGGUGUGGGAACAGGAUUUCAAUGGAACUUACAUUCUAGUGCGUUUACUGAACAAUAAUUUAAAUUUAAAUAUGUGUGGUUUUUGUGUUAAUCAGUAAUUUUACAGUUUGAUCCCAUUUGCUACGCUCCAACUUGGUAAUCGUUUCCUGAGAUAAUUACGGGAGGAGAAUAUUUGUUCAAGUGUUAGUCAGUUUCUACGACAAUAUUGCUCAAUAGUCUGUAAGCUUCAACGCCAAGAACAGUGAGUGUUGCAAGUAAAAUAUUACUUCCAUAGCUUUAGGAGUUCAAGAAUUUGCUGAGUUACACAAUGCUGAGUCGAUGGGAUCCGUUGAGGUUUUUGACCUUUCUGAUUAUUUCUUCAGCAACACAAAUGCUUACCUUUGCCUUCCAACUGCCCAAACUUGGAGGAUGUCCUGACCUAGCAGCGCAGCAGAACUUCCUUUCUGAUAUUGAUUCGUUCCUUGGUAAAUGGUACGUCCAAUCCAGCUACGAUACUGAAAUACUACAAGGAAAGGGCAGAUGUAUGGCUGCUAACUACAAAUACAUCCCCCUGAACAAUAACAUUUUGGUGCAGACUGGCCAGUUCAACGAGGAUAACAACAAGUGGGAAAGAUUAGACGCCAACGCAGCACCAGCGAACGUAACCAAAAAUGAGGGCAAGUUUAAAGUGAAAUUCACAAUUCCCAUCUGGGGAGAAGUGGAGGGUGCUUACACCGUAUUGGACACCGACAGGAUCAACUACUCGGUGGUGCAUGGAUGCGGAAGCAUUUUCGGCAUUCUUCAUUACGAUUGCAGCUGGUUAAUGAGCCGAAAGAAGAAUUUGACACCGGAAGAAGAGGAGGAGUACUACCAGAAAACUAGUAGAGUUUUAGGAAAUUAUAAAUCAUUAGACCCCAAGGAAUUCAAGAAAGUGGACCAAGUAAAUUGUGAAAAAGAAGCCAUCUGAGAGAUCAAAGGGUUAUAAAUCAAUUACCUUAAGAUGUAUAAAACUCAUUAAGACAAUUCUAUGAUAUUGAAUGUUGACAUUAAAAACAAAACUUUGCAAGGUCUCUAUUGAAAGUUGAAAAGCAUAGGAUUAUUUUAUUUUUAUAUGUAAAUUUUAAAUAAAUGAAUCAUAUAAAAUAAACUCUGUCAUUUAUUUGUAAAAGAUGUAUUAAAAUAAAAAUAAAAUAUUUCAUCAUAGGCAGUAAAUUUACAACACUUAACUAAUUCAAACAGAAUUGUUGUGUAACUAACAUUUAGAAACUAGAUAUGACAAAUAAUGAGGCUCAUUUUACACUGUUUCAAGGAAUGUUCUUUGUUAUAUGACCUUCCAAGAGCCUGGCUGUGACGAGACAAAUGUUUCAUAAUAAACUAAACAGUCUUUUGUA